GUGUCUCGCGACUCGUCUGGCUGUCAUUUAGCUUCGGUCGGUUCUAAGGAGAAGGACAGCGGUAAAGGAGUAUAAAGAAAGAAAAAAAUAUAUAGAAAAAGAUACAAAUAAAAAAUGAAACUAAUAGAGUAGCAUAAAGUCUGUACAUUAAUAUUUCUAUGUCAACACUAUAUAUUAGUGAACCCAGGGACCGGCCGAUGACGUAAUUGGUGUUUUUAAAAUAGUUAAAAAAUACGAUAAGAUAAGGCUGCGUCAUUCAGCACUAGGGAAGACGGAAAUAUUUAAAUAAAUACUGUAUUAUAAGAAAACAGCACAACAGCAAAAAAAUAUCACGGGUUUCUAGUUUUCAAUUGGAACGGACUCGUCCGAGACGUCGUAUUUAUAGAAAAAAGGGAGUCAAAGGAGGUGAAAGAAGUGUCUUUUACAGAAACCUUGAGUUGGGUUUUUAAAACCAACAGUUUAAUAACAUAUUUAUGUAAGUGUUUUUGUUAUUUAUUUCUGUGGAGAAAAACUGGCCCAAAUCCUCUGCAAACAGAAGACGUCAUCAAAAAAUUUCCUGCAUUUAAAUGGCGUGUCAGGAUAAGGUGUUUGCUUAAAAAUAAAGAAAACACGAAAAGGGGGGAAAAUAGAAACUGAACAAAAAAUACUGUCUUGGGGGAAUAAUAUUUUGGAAAAGAUAAAUGGGGGAUUACGGGUUUGGAGUCUUAGUACAAAAUAACACUGGUAAUAAAUCAGCUUUCCCAGUAAGAUUUCAUCCACAUCUGCAACCUCCACAUCAUCAUCAUCAAAAUGCAUCAGCAAGUCAGGCUGCUUUCAUAAAUAAUAAUACAGCUGCCAAUGGCAGUAAUGGUGGAUCAGCUUGGCUUUUUCCUGCAGCAACCACCCACAGCAACAUGCAAGAUGAAAUUCUGUGUUCCGAAAAAUCCAAAGCCCAACAGCAGCAACAGGAAAUACAAGAAACACAAGAAAAACAGCAGCUGUCUCCCAGCCAUCAGGAAACAGGUAUCAUAUCUGAUCUUGAAAAGGCAAGAUCAGAGGAAAAUAAAGGGGAAAAUGGCUCCCCAGAAAACAGUAAUGGAAAGGAGAAAUUAAGAAUUGAGUCCCCAAUUUUAACAGGAUUUGAUUAUCAAGAGACUUCAGAGCUCGGGACUGCUGCACAGUCCACCACCUCUUCUGCUUCCUCUCUGACCGGUUUUAAUAACUGGUCAGCGGCCAUACAGCCCUCCCCUUCCACAAUCAUUAAUGAAGAUGUUAGUUUCUUUAACCCUGCUGCCUCUGCUAAUAAUGGGCCUCUGCUUUUUCAGAAUUUCCCACACCAUGUCAGCCCCGGCUUCGGAGGCAAUUUUUCCCCACAGAUCGGACCCCUUUCACAGCAUCACCCACCCCACCCGCAUUUCCAGCACCCUCACAACCAACAUCAACAGCACAGGAGGUCUCCAGCUAGCCCCCACCCUCCCCCUUUUCCACACAGGAAUGCUGCUUUUAACCAGUUGCCACAUUUGGGCAACAAUCUCAGUAAGCCGCCCUCUCCCUGGGGCAGCUACCAAAGCCCCUCACCUACCCCGUCCUCCACUUCAUGGAGCCCUGGUGGUGGGUAUGGUGGCUGGGGAGGUUCCCAGGGUCGGGAUUACCGCAGGGGCCUCAAUGGUGGGAUGACACCCAUUAACUCCAUCUCCCCCUUAAAGAAGACAUUCCCAAACAGCCACAUGCCAUCGCAGAAGUAUUCCAGGACAAGCCCAGGCUUUACCCCGAAAUCCUGGAUGGAGGAGAGCAUGAGCCGGAGUGAUAACAUAUUCCCAUUUCAGGAGCGUACAAGGUCAUUUGAUGGUUUCAACAUGCACUCUUUGGAAAAUUCCUUGAUUGACAUUAUGAGGGCUGAACAAGACUCGUUAAAAGGUCGCUUAGGCUUCUCGCACCCGGGAGCAGACAGUCCUUUGCCGAUUAAUGCAAGGACAUAUGGGAGACGGCGAGGUCAUUCAUCCUUGUUUCCGAUAGAAGAUGGCUUUCCUGAUGAUGAUCGUGCUGAACAAGGUCUUACUGGGUUAGGCUCUCCGCACUGCUUUCCCCACCAGAAUGGAGAGCGAGUCGAACGUUAUUCACGCAAAGUAUUUGUUGGAGGCCUUCCUCCCGAUAUUGAUGAAGAUGAAAUUACAGCUAGUUUCAGAAGAUUUGGCCAUCUUUUUGUGGAUUGGCCUCAUAAAGCGGAAAGCAAGUCUUAUUUUCCUCCUAAAGGUUAUGCAUUCCUCCUUUUCCAAGAUGAGAGCUCUGUGCAAGCUCUGAUCGAUGCCUGUAUUGAAGAAGAUGGAAAGCUCUACCUUUGUGUUUCCAGUCCAACCAUUAAAGAUAAACCAGUUCAGAUUCGCCCAUGGAAUCUUAAUGAUAGUGAUUUUGUGAUGGAUGGCUCCCAGCCUCUGGACCCAAGGAAGACUAUUUUUGUUGGUGGUGUUCCACGCCCAUUGCGUGCUGUGGAACUUGCCAUGAUAAUGGACAGGCUGUAUGGAGGGGUCUGCUAUGCUGGCAUUGACACAGAUCCAGAGCUGAAGUACCCCAAAGGAGCUGGGCGGGUCGCCUUUUCUAAUCAACAGAGUUACAUUGCUGCUAUCAGUGCUCGGUUUGUGCAGCUGCAGCAUGGAGAAAUUGAUAAACGGGUGGAAGUGAAGCCAUAUGUCCUUGAUGAUCAGCUUUGUGACGAAUGUCAGGGGACCCGCUGUGGUGGGAAGUUUGCCCCAUUCUUCUGUGCCAAUGUUACCUGUCUUCAGUAUUACUGUGAAUAUUGCUGGGCUGCUAUUCACUCACGUGCUGGCAGGGAGUUCCACAAGCCAUUGGUAAAGGAGGGAGGGGAUCGCCCUCGGCAUAUUUCAUUCCGUUGGAAUUGAAAGGUGCACUGUCGUCUUGAGCUGCAAAUGUCAUACAAAUAAAUGCACUUUUCUGUU